GCGGGCCUCGAGGCCGCGGGCGGUUGGCGGCGACUGGGGCAGGGCAGGCGGCUGGCGCCAUGGGGGCCAAGCUGCGACUCCUCUGUGCCGCGGUGGCGUUGCUCUGCGCGGUGCCGCCAGGGCGGCCCAGUGCACGGAGCGCGACGGCCGCUGUGCUCCCCGCGGGCGAGGGGGACGGCUACGGGGUGAAGCUGUGCGGACGGGAGUUUAUCCGCGCUGUCAUCUUCACCUGCGGCGGGUCCCGCUGGAAGCGGCUCUCCCUGCUAGCGAUGGAACCGGCGCCCGCGGUCGAUUCUGCAAGAACAGCAAAUAACAAACUCUGGGGAAACUUGAAGCUGCAAUCAAUUUUGGGUCCUGAACUGGAGCAGCUGCAGAGAAGCAAACAGUUUCUUGGAUGGGAGGUUUUUAAGGACUUAUAUAGUUUAAAUGACUAUAAUGAAUAUGUACCUGUGGCAGAUGACUUCAAAGAACUUGUUCAACAGCUAGAGGAAACCGUUGAGAAUGACAGAGGAGGAACAGGAAUUGCAAAUCCCAUGGGAUCAAACAGUUAUCUUUGGGCUGGGUAUCCUAGAAGAAAACGUGAAUCUCUGGGUUUGGCAGGAAUGUGUUGCAAAUGGGGCUGUACAAAAGCUGAAAUUAGUACUAUAUGCAGAGUUUAAAAUCCUCUCUGCACUUACGCAUGAAAUCUGUGUUUAUUGCAAUGCUACUUCUAUGGAGGAAGAAAACUCUCACUGUGUUAUCUGUAUGUGCCAGUCAAUACUGAUGAUUUUGUUUAAGAAAAAAGUUAAAAAAUCACCGGUGUAAUUGUCUUUACCUUGUUUUGCUACAGUAACUUUUAUUCUGUGUUUUUUACUAAGUCUCUUAAUUUCGCUGUCAGACCUUAAAAUUUACAUUACAAAAGUACUAUACCUUUGUAACACUGUAGAAAGAACUUCACUGUUUCAUUAAAGUGUUAUUAUAGUAACAAUUA